CACAAUUCAGAAGAUCUAACUAAGUAAUUGUCAAACAGUAUGUUAUUUCACUCCAUGACAGCAGAUGGCGGUGUUACAGUGUGCAAAAACAGCCACACUUCCGUCAACAAACAGGACACCUUCAGCAGCCUGCAGUUUCAUAACAUCAUGACAGUGUCGUACAGGUGAUUCAUGUAAUGCACACGUCAGUCAGAGAAAUGACCUGCACGAAACAAAUCUUUUCUAAAACAGUUCGCGUUCAAGUCGGCCGGCUGGUUGCUGCAGCUUUCACCUCCUGCAGAAGUUUCCACGCUGAAAUAGUAAGACUUGAAUCCAGCGGACUUCCCAUAAUUCAUCACAGGAAGUAUGUGUGUGACCUUCCUCCCAACCACAGGUUCCCCAUGGGAAAGUUCCCCCGAGUUUUACAGUGUUUACUGAAAGAUCAGGUCAUUGCAGAGAAUCAGGUUUGGCUCCCUCAAAUAGCCUCUCAAGAAUUACUCAGCUGUGUGCACACGGAGGAAUACUUGAACAGCUUCAUAAAUGGGAAAGUAAAUGAGCAGGAACAGAGGAGGACAGGUUUCCCCUGGAGUGAAGGCAUCGUGAGCCGCUGUCGAUAUGAAACAGGUGGGACUGUUCUUGCCGCUCAAGUGGCUCUGCAGAGGGGAUUGGCCUGCAGCACUGCAGGAGGAACCCAUCAUGCUUUUCCAAGCUUUGGCUCGGGUUUCUGUCUCCUUAAUGAUUUAGCAGUCGCAGCCAAACACCUGAUGGGAACCUCCUCGUCCAAAAGGAAGGUUCUAAUUGUUGAUCUAGAUGUGCAUCAGGGUGACGGCACGGCUUUCAUUUUUAAAGAGGAGCCGCGUGUGUUUACGUUCUCAGUGCACUGUGGGAAAAACUUCCCCCUGCGCAAACAACAGAGUGACCUCGAUGUUAGCUUGGAGGAUGGGCUUGAAGACAAGGAGUACCUCUCCACAGUUGAAACUCACCUCCCCUGCUUGCUGGAGACUUUUCGUCCAGACCUGGUCCUGUAUGAUGCCGGUGUCGACCCUCAUUGUGAAGAUGAACUCGGGAGGCUGCGUCUGACUGACCACGGGCUGUAUCAGAGAGAUCUGUACGUGUUGAAGACUGUGGUGAGUCGAGGUGUUCCUGUGGCUGCCGUCAUCGGAGGUGGUUACUCGAGAGACAUCGACAUACUGGCGGCGAGACAUUCCAUCGUCCACAGAGCGGCAACACAGGUUUGGAGGGAGUGUCUAACAUGAACCCUUUAUGCAUUAAACCAAGUAGAGUGACUGAUAUUUGAUCUUCAGGAGCAGAUGUCAUAUUUUAGAAUAUUUUAGAACGAUAAUGACCUGGUUAAUGCUAAAAAAAAAA